AUGUUGAUUUCUUCGAUAAAGUACCCAACAUUGAAGAGUAUGUGGGUAAGGACAACCUGGAAAAGCGAAAAGCACAGGAAGCGCUGGCAGGAACGCGGCCGGGAGACACAGCUUGAGCUCUACAAUAAGGACAAUGCUGAGAAUGACAAAGACAUGACGGCCCUCACCAUGUGGAACGACCCCAUGGAGUGGUUCUACUGCCCACUUAUGGAGGAGAACAUGAAGGAGCAAGGCCAGGAGUGGGAAGUCACGGAGCAUCGGUUAGAACCAGCAACCAACAACAGAACGUAG